AUGAAUCGCCUGUUUGGUGCUGCAAAAGCUCCUGUUCAAAAGCAAACAUUGAGUGAUACGGCUGCUGCUCUUGAUAGCCGAGUAGGAACAAUAAAUAAAAAAAUUGCCGAUUUGGAAACCGAACUAGCGGCUUAUAGUCGAUUACCACCAGCACAAAAAGCACUGAGAAAAUCUCGAGCAUUGCGUCAACUUCAGCAAAAGAAAAUGCUUGAAGGUCAACGAAAUCAAAUUGAAGGACAAGCGUCAAAUAUUGGUCAAACUGAAUUUGCUCUAUCAAGUAUUCAAACAAAUAAACAACUUUUAUCAGGAAUGACCGACGCAAAUAAACAAUUGAAAAAAGGUUUUAAAAGCAUGAAUAUCGAUAAAGUUGAACGAACGAUGGAUGAUUUGGAUGAUACGAUGUUUGACUAUUCAGAAAUCAAUGAGGCUUUAAGUCGACCUAUUAACGAUGAAUAUAUCGACGAAUCAGAACUUGAUGCAGAACUAGCUGCUAUUGCCAGUGAAGAAUUAGGACUGGAUUCGGGAUCAUUACUCUCUGAUCUUCCAGCUCCAAGUGUACCUACACAACCAAUUGAUGCCGGACAAAUUACGAAUAAAGAUGGUAUCCCAGUUGAUGAAUUUGGACUACCAAAGAUAUCAGCAAGUGGCAUGAAGUAUUAA